AUGGAAACAGAUACCAGGCUGGGCCUCAUCCGGUCCAGGGACGAGUUCGACGCCAGCUGCGGCUCUGAGUCGUCAUCACCCCACCGAUCCAAGUCAGCUCGCACAAGCUUAGCUUCGACUGCAUCGUCCAGUCCCGGUGACCUCAAUGAUGUUCCAACCAACGCAAACAACGACACUGAAGCAACCGAGGACCGUACCGCGGACGCCCUCGUUGAGGAGCUGGAGUGCGGCAUGUGCGCAGGCGUAUUUAUCGAGUGGAUUAAGUCUAUGCCCAAGUACCCUCCGUCACUGCUCCCCGGCGACCCUGUGCCAGAGCCCAUCUCCUGUCCACACUGCCGGCACGCCCCCGUCCAAACCGCUACUCCUUGCCGACUUGCGAAGACCAUGGUCGGCAUUCUCCUCGCCAGUCGACCUGAUGUGGCCCGCCCUCCCAACGAGCACCGUCAGGCGGAGUUGCUCUACAAGUCCACCACCGGGGUCAUCAAGCGCCCCGCCAAUUGCAACAGCACGAAUUCUGGCGUCCGUGCCGUUCGUGUUACCCCGAGGAAGGCCAGUGGAGGUGUCCCCAGCCGGUUCCUCGCUUCGAGGUUCCGGCUGAACGUGAUCGAUGCCUUCGAGCUGACGGACUCUGUCCCGAGGGCCACCGCCUCUGCGCCGGAUGCUGCAACAUCUGUGGCGAAGGAUUCUGUGGGGACGCCGGACAACUGGACCGAGAUGUACCAUCUCGGCAUCUAUCUUGGGAACAACGAGCACAUGUCGGCCCAAUACAUCUACAAGCAGAUCCUGGAAUGGCUCCGUACCCCAGAGGGCCUGGACUCGGGCGGCAUCCUUGCGAUGAUGAACCGGGCCGACCUCAAUCUUCGAUUGCGAACAGGCAUGGCCGACGAGAUGCAGCAGGCCGUCAUGUCGGCUGGCGACAGUGCCUCAGAGUCACGUAUCUGUGGCGGCUGUGCCGACGAGAUCCUUUGCUGGUGGAUGAGGGAGUUGAAGAAGCCCGAAGCUCUUCAGGCGCGUCCGGCUGACGUUCGGAAUCGUCCUAACUGCAAGUUCGGUCGCACUUGCAGUCGCCAAGACAGCGAUGACCACGCGAAGAAGUACAACCACAUUUGUGAUGCCCUACCCGAGGACGAGGCUCGCACCAUGCACCAAGAUGACAUCCUUCCGGCCCAAGAAAAUGCCCCUGAGCAGGACAACUCUGGUGCUGAGAGUGACGACGGCGGAUCCGAUGAUGAGAACGAAAUCCCUUCCAACUUCUUCGACGCUGGAACACAGUGGGAGGCCACAGUCGUUGGAGUCGAGAUGACGUGCCACACGAAUGGCUUGAACAGUGCUUGGGUCAAUAACACUGGCGCAGCAUACGCCUCGUCAACGUCUACUACUUCGACUCAAGCCUUCUCAAUCGCCAACCUCGUCAACGAGACUUCCGGGCCCCCGAGUUCAGCAGACACCCCAGCACGGGCGGCUCAAGCGCCUACUUGGCAAGCGGCCACUAACUCCCAGCCCGCCGUUCUCGGCCUCCGCUCCUCCCACCAGGGUACCCACCAGGCUAACGGCUAUCCUACCCUUUUCGACAGCGUCGGUAGCUCUAUGAGCAUGCCCCUGUCGAGCAAGCUUCCUCCUCUUCAAACCGGAUCGAAGCUUCCCUCGCUUUUCGACAUGCCGGAGGCGUCCACUUCUGCGCGUAAGCUCGACUCGUCAAGCAUGGACGUUGAGCAACAGUGGCCCGGAUACCCGCUAUUCACGGUAGACCGCUAUCGAACCGGAUUUCGGGGUCCUCCGUUGUAA